UCUCUCCCACCCUCGUUAAACUACACCGUCCCUCCCACUGUGGAACAACGUCAGACCCCAUGCGCUCCGUUUGGGACAGUUCCCGGUAGUGGUGGGUUGGGAGACGUAUUUAAGGUUGGGUUGCAGAUGUGCCGAUUAGCUCAGCGCAGACGACAGCAGCUGCCGUUCACUACUGACACAUGUGCUCAUAGUUUGACUACAACAGGAGGAUGCGCUCAUUGAUUCUGGCGGUAGCAGUCUGCUUAGUCCUGAAGGAAAUUGAAGGCUGGGGAUACCAGAAUGGAAUACUUCAUAACUCCAUAUGGCUGGAACAAGCUGCAGGAGUGUACCACCGGGAAUCUCGAAAGGGGAGAUAUCAGCUGACAUACAAGGAGGCCAAGGCUGUGUGCAAGUACGAGGGGGGGACUCUGGCCACUUACGAACAGCUGGAGGCAGCUCGUCAAAUAGGGUUUCAUGUGUGUUCUGCGGGCUGGUUUGACAAAGGACGAGUGGGCUACCCCAUAGUCAAAGCUGGCGCCAACUGUGGUUUCGGAAAGGUCGGCAUCAUCGACUACGGCUACAGGCUGAACAAGAGCGAAAGGUGGGACGUCUACUGCUACAACCCUGAUGCAAAGGAAUGUGGAGGAGUCCACACAGACCCCCAGAAGGUGCUGAACACGCCCGGGUACCCUGAGGAGUACCCAGACGAGCAGAUCUGCUACUGGCAUAUCCGUGUUCGUUUUGGUCAGAGGGUCCGUCUGCACUUCCUGGAUUUUGACAUUGAGGAUGACAUGGCCUGUCUCAGCGACUACCUCGAGAUCUAUGAUAGCUAUGAUGAUGUCUCCGGAUUUGCUGGAAGGUUCUGUGGAGAUGAGUUACCCGAGGACUUCAUUAGUACAGGAAAUGUCAUGACACUGAAGUUCCUGUCGGACUCCUCCGUAACAGCAGGGGGCUUCCAGCUUGAGUACAUCGCUCUGGACACUGACCACUUCAAUGCAACCAACUCUUUCACUUGACCACAGUUGUCAUACCUCUUUUUUAAAGACAUGCUUUGUUUUAUUUUAAUUUAUCAUGUUAUUGUUUAUUACCGUUGUGUAACCCAGCCUCCGAAUGAAGGUGCUGUUUAAUAAAUUUGAAUUUUUUUACAGAAA